AUGGUAAGCGCUUUGUUCCUCAAGUGCAAGGCCUGUUUACUACCCUGGAUCUCGACUGCGUUAAACGUAAUUCUCAUGUUACUGGCAGUCACCGACAUUAGCGUCGGCCUCGUCUCCCAGCCACUGCUGAUCGCUAGGAAAUUCAUGGAAAUCUACAACGUUCACGACUGUGUUUUAUGGACUGCAAUGAGAUCCACUGUAUAUUAUUUCUCAGGCAUAUCGUUUCUAACGAUAACCUUAGUCAGUGUAGAACGCUGGUUUGCUGUGUGCAAACCGAUAAAGCAUCGCAGAGACGUCACUUCGACGCGAAUGGGCGUGGUCGCAUCCGUGGUGUGGUCCGCGUGGUUUAUAUUUCCCGUCGUGCGUUUUGCUGUGCCGAAAUUCUACCGAGCAUUCGCGAUGCUAAUUGGCGGAAUAAUUAUCAUCGUUUUUAUCAUCAACGCCAUGCUCUACGUGAAAAUUCAUCACAGCGUACGUGAAGGAAAACUAAAGUUCACAAGCGAGGCACACGAGAAAAGAUCAAAAGACAAUGUCAACUUUAGAAAAGAAGGGAGAUUGGCGAAAACAGUUGCUUUACUUUUAGUCAUAAUGGUGUCAGCCUAUUUACCAACAGCGAUAGGGUUAACGUACAAAGCGCUUCGCGGAGUUAACACAAUCUAUCUGUUUGUAUUUCUCCCCUUGGCUGAUACAUUAGUGCUCAUGAAUUCCUCUUUCAACCCUCUGUUUUAUUGUUAUAGAAACGCUAAAAUACGCAUGGAAUUUCUGAAGCGUUUGAACAUACAAACUGCCUCGAAAAGUUGUGACUCCUCUCUUAACAACAGGUCAACAUCAAAAGUAUGAGCGUUAUGAUUGCAUAUGCAAUUUGCCGUGUCAUUUAGAAAGAGGUAUUGGGUGAACGCAUUAGUUCACAUACGUAUAAUCGAUAGGAUCAAUAGACUUGUUCAAUAUUAGGACUCGCAUGUCGCGAUGCUGGUUUUCAAAAAAGCGAAAGGACGACUGUAUUGCGAGUAGAACUAACGAAAUGCUUCGUGCAAUGAAUGUAAUAUCUUUAAGACAGAAUUUACUAGCACUAAUAGAUUAUAUAGACGAUGCUGUAAAGAAGAAAUUAACACAUAU